AUGUCCCAGCAGCGCCGGAAGGACAGCAGACAGGACACUUGUUACCCCAAAGGCGGCAAAACCAUUUCCUUUGAGAACAACCAUGUCCAGAUUGCACAAGAAAUACCAGUAAAUGAAGUGCCAGAGAAGGAAGCUCUUUCCCCCAUGCAUGUCACAGACAGGGUAUUUUUUAUCGAUUUAGCCAAUACACAACAGACAACCAUCCCACCAGAGGUCUUGAGACUGGAAGAUCUAGAAGAGCUGCACAUGGAAAAGAACCUGAUUGAAAGCAUCCCAAGAGACAUCAAUCAGCUGAGGAACAUGAGGGUUCUCUACCUGGACCGGAAUCACAUACAGGAUAUAUGCAAAGAACUGGGGGAACUGAAAUGUCUUCGGAGCUUAGAUUUAAGUAACAAUCCUCUGUCUUACAGUUCACUGCCUAUUAUCAGCAAGUUACAGGCCCUUCGUCAGCUCAGGCUUUAUAAAGUAAACUUGCAUGAAAUCCCAGUACAGAUCUGCAAAUACCUACAUCAUGUUGAACUGCUUGGGCUCUCUGACAAUAAUCUAAAGUGUCUGCCCAAAGAACUAGUGAACCUGACACAACUCAGAGAGAUUUACCUCCAAAAAAAUAGAUUUGAAAGUUUUCCCAUGGAGCUUUGUCAUAUGGUUAAUUUAGAAAUAAUAGAUCUGGAACAAAAUCUAGUCAGUCUCAUCCCAGAAGAGGUUGGCUCUUUGACAAAUUUAGUUAAGCUAUUUUUAGCUUUUAAUAAUCUAUCCUCCAUUCCUGAUACACUGCAACACUGCCAGAAACUGGCUGUGCUAGAUCUGUCCCAUAAUCUCCUGCACAAUCUUCCACAAGGUUUGAAGAAUCUCACUGAAAUGGAAGAGCUUGGACUAUCUGGUAACAACCUGGAGAAGCUUCCACGUGAGAUUUGCAGCUGGACGAACCUAUCCCUUGUUUACUUGAGGAACACUGGACUGCACACAGUACCAAAGUCCUUCACCAGAUUAACCAGUGUCAGGAUACUAGAUCUGAGUGAAAAUUGCUUUCAUGAGAUUCCUAAAAGAAUGUGCGCUAUGAAAAAUCUAGAAAUUUUGGCCCUGGAUGACAAUCAGAUACAUGAGAUACCUGUGGAGGUGAAAGAAUUGGCAAAUCUAAAGUGCCUUGGACUGUCUGGAAACCAAUUCAGUAUUUUUCCAAAGGAAAUCUUUCUCCUGGAGUCAUUAGAGAGAUUGUAUCUGGGACAAGAUAAAGGAAUUAAAUUCACAAGCCUGUCAGGAGACAUCAGAAAAUUGCAGAAUCUGAAAGAACUGCAUAUAGAGAAUAAUCAUCUGGAGCACCUGCCUCUAGCCAUCGGCUUUUUGACUCACCUGGAAAUACUUGACUGUCGCAACAAUCACCUUAAACGGAUCCCAGACUCCAUAUGCCAAAUACAAGCUCUGCAAAAGCUGCUCAUUCAGAACAAUCAGCUGCACCAGCUGCCGGAGGAGCUGGAUACUCUGCAGCAGCUGGAGCUGGUGCUCGUGGAUGGGAAUCCUAUGACGGACCCUCCAAUGGAAGUGUGCUGCCAGGGGACAUUUGCCAUCUUGGAAUACUUACGGGAAAAAAGGCGUAAAAAGGCCAUGACUUUAAAGGUCCAGAAUCUGUGGCGUGGAUUGAUGAUUCGGAAGGGAAUUGGAUCUUUCCUGGCACUUAAGAAACUAAUAAAACCAGCAAAGAAG